AUGUCGCUCAAGAUCUACGAUGUGGACCCGACGCUGUUGCGCUGGGUGCUGAUGGGCGGCUUCGAGGAGGAAGACCACCACGCCGUGCCGAACCCUUUCACGUGGCUGCCGGAGUUGAUCUGGAUGCUGUUCCGCCGCGCGGCGACGCAGUUGGACGGCUUCGCUCACGUGACGGAGCUGGUGCAGCAGCAUGCGAUGUUCUUCAUGGACUUCUACGAGUCUUCGAACCCGCUAGAGCUGGAGCUGCCCGGUGUGCUGAACGACAUGUCGAGCAUAGAGAAGCUGGUCGUGGUACGAUGUCUGCGCAUGGACAAAGUGGUGCCAGCCAUCCGCAACUACGUCAGCGAGACGCUUGGCGAGUACUUUGUCGAGCCGCCGCUCUACGCGUUGGAGACGGUGGUGGACGAGCUCUCCUACGACCCUUCGGUGCCAAUUAUCCUCGUGCUCUCGCCCGGCGCAGACCCGCAUGCGGAGCUGGACCGUGUCGCAGAGCUGCGAGGCAUGGCGCAAAGCAAGCUGUUCAAGCUCUCGCGCGGCCAGGGCCAAGACGUGCCUGCCUGUGAGAUGAUGGAUACCGGGACGAAGGAAGGACAUUGGGUGUUUUUGCAAAACUGCCACCUCUACGCCGACUUCAUGCCGCGUCUGUCGCGCAUGAUCGAGGACUACAGCGAUGCGGCGGCCAAGGAGCGGCUGCACCGCAACUACCGCCUGUGGCUGACGUCGCUGCCCAGUGACGUUUUCCCGUUUGCCAUUUUGCAGAACGGCGUGAAACUGGUGCAGGAGCCGCCGAAAGGACUCAAGAGCAACCUGCUGCAGUCCUACCUGUCCGACCCGGUCGCGGAUGCGGAGUUCUUCAACGGCGCCGACAUGCCCGAGGCGUGGCAGAAGCUUCUUUUUGGCCUCAAUUCUGUUUAG